UUCCCUCAAAAAAAAGAACAAAUUUACAGAGAACAAUGGCAGCUUCCGACGACCUCGGAUCUCUCACCAGAGCUUUCACAGGGCUUGGAGUGGACGAGAAGGCAUUGAUAUCGACGCUGGGGAAAUGGCACCCUGAGCAGAGGCAGAGUUUCAGAAAGGGAAGCCGCGACUUUUUUAGAGAGGAUGAGCGCCAGUUCGAGAGGUGGGAGGAUCGCCAUAUCCUGCAGCUUCGUCACGAGUUUCUACGUCUCAAGGAUGCGAUAGUGCUCUGGGCGAUGCAUCCAUGGGAGAGAGAUAGUCGGUUGUUGAAAGAGGCGUUGUAUAAAGGACCUCAAUACCACGUGUUGGUGGAAAUCGCGUGCACCAGAUCCUCCGACGACUUGCUCGGAGCGAGGAAGGCCUAUCACUCUCUCUUUAAUCACUCUGUUGAGGAGGAUGUCGCCUUCCACCUCCACACUCCUCACAAAAAGCUUCUGGUUGCGCUUUUGAGUUGUUAUCGAUAUGAAGGCCCAAAAGUGAGCGAAGAAAUCGCAAAAAUUGAGGCAAGGGCGAUUUCGGAAGCGAUCAGGGCAGGUGGAAGCAGCCCCUUGGAAAACGACGAGGUUAUCCGGAUUUUAUCAACUAGGAGUAAGCUCCACCUCAAGGCUGUCAACAAGCAUUACAAGGAGAUCACUGGCAAUUUCCUGGAUCAGGAUUGUGAUGACUCCCACCUGAUUCUGAAAGAAACCGUCCAGUGCUUAUGCACGCCUGAAACCUACUUCGCAAAGAUUUUGGAGGCGUCGUUGAGGUGCAAUGUGGACGAGCUAACUAAAGAGGCAGUGAGCAGAGUGAUCGUGACCCGAGCUGAUGAGGAUAUGAAGCAGAUUAGAGAAGAAUUUCAUCGUCAAUUCGGCAUUGAUCUUGGCAAGAAGAUUGAAGAUGUUGCCAAUGGAAACUAUAGAGAUUUCUUGCUCACUUUGGUUGCGAGAUCGGAUUGAAGUUUCAGUUGUUCACCAUGUUUUGAUUUGCUGGGAAUUUGAAAAUCCUGAAUAUAAAACUAAAUCUGUUAAUUUUUAUUUUUUUUAUUUAUUGCCGGGUGUGAUUUUUGUAAGGAUAAACUGUCGAUUUGUAUUGAAGCUUUUGUGAGUGUUUCCGUAUUUGAAUAAGAUUAAUUUGUUUCCUGGUUA